CAACACAGAUCUCCGAUAUGUCACAGUGUCAAAUGGAUUUCAGCUGAUAUUCAUCUAUUACUAGGCAGGAUGGAGAGUUGGCCUCGCAACAUGCCGGCAACCCUGGAGGAUCUCUGUGUGCAGUACUGUGUGAAGAACCUGGAGACCUUCACACACCAGGCCACAACAACACACCACACCACAAUGUAUACCCUCUUCCCAGGAGUGUCCCUGCCCAAAACAAUCUGUGAUAAGAUAUUUCACUUCUACAUGGAGCAUGUCGAUCAUGCACAUUCCACUGCAGAUGGCUUCCUCAAUAUAUUCAGUAACGUUCGAGGGACACAGCUCAGUCGACUAACCUUAGCAAAUUCUUAUGUGAGUGACUGUGGACUAGGUCUAGUAAAACAUCAACCUAUUGUAGAACUAGACCUGUCCUGUUGUACAAGACUGUCAUCUGACUGCAUCCCGUUCAUCAACAAAAUGGGGAAAACCUUACGGUCACUGCGCUUGGAGAACACUACAGAUAUGUUUGAGGGCGUUAGAGAUCAUGUAGAUUCUAUUUCUGCUGCACAGAAUGAAAAUUAUAUUGAUAAAGUGCCAGUAGAAAAUGUUGAACAGAAUGAUGACCCUAUUUUGAACUGUCCUCAUCUCCGUAAAUUGUGCAUGAGAGAUUUCCAGUUGGAAGACAACUUGCUGAUUGGAAACGUCCAACUACAUGAUGUAUUCCGCUGGUGUAAGCUGCUGACACACCUGGACCUAUCUCAAUGUACUGUUGCCAUGGAAACCUUUCCCCACUUCCAGUGCUUACAUCACCUAUUGUCACUCAGCCUUGCGGAUGUUGACAUUCAAGACUUGGAUGCAGUCAUUGACAACUUGUGCCAACUCAAACAGCUCAAACACCUGGAUGUUUCUCAAGGCCAGUCAGACACUCCUGUGAUGUACCCCCAUCCUGAACAGUAUCUCCAGCAGCUCGUUGCCGGCCUCCCUCUUGUGACAUCACUUGACAUCUCAGGCACCAACCUGGCUGGCUUUGAGAAGGCUGAGAUCCAGUCAUUCAGGCCCAGUAAGAACCACCAUGAGGAGACAUCACAAGAAGCAGACAGUGCCGGAAUGUGUAGUAUUCCUGGACUAGAAGGACGAAUGCUUGAGUUUUUGGGUCUGUUUGGAUGUGCCCAUGAUGCUUGCUACAGAAAGAAUAUACCUGCCAAACGGGUGACCGGUGAGAGUGAUGAGGAGCAGGUCCUGCUGUCCCUACAGGUGUACCAGGACAGGUGUGGUCUGCUCAUCAAGGCUCUCAACAGUGUCUUCCAUCUUUUCCGUAACUUUGCAGUCAGUAGACAGUGUGCAGUUCUUGAGGCCAUCUUGGCUGGCAUGAAGCGCCACAUCUGGGACAAACAGGUGCAGAUUGUAGGCAGUGCAUCAUUGUUCUAUAUAGCCAAGGGGGAUCAAAAAGACUACAUCACUCAGAAACAAAGGAGGUAAGUCAGUGGCAUCUAGGGGUGACUAUUGAGGGGAAA